AACACGGAAGUGCAACAACUUGUUGCCAUCAGAUCCAGGCAUUCAUCGGCAGUAACCGACCAUGCGUGUCUUAAACCUAGUCUUUAUGGUGGUCGUGGCUUUAUUAAGCCAAGCCUCGGCGCUGGAUAAUGGCCUGGCGUUGACUCCGACGAUGGGCUGGUUGCACUGGGAGAGAUUCACGUGCAACAUAGACUGUGAUGCGGAUCCUCAAAACUGCGUUAGAGAGGAGCUGUUCAUGGAGAUGGCAGAUGUGAUGGUGAAGGAGGGAUGGAAGGAGGCCGGUUAUGAAUAUGUGUGCAUUGAUGACUGCUGGCCCUUACACGAGAGGGAUGCCCAGGGACGUCUGCAGGCCGACCCCAAGAGAUUUCCCAGUGGGAUAAAAAAACUGGCAGAUUAUGUUCAUGCCAAAGGUCUGAAGCUGGGAAUAUAUGCAGAUGUUGGUACACAUACAUGCGAAAGGUACCCUGGAAGUUUAGGUUACUAUGAGAUUGAUGCCAAAACCUUUGCAGAGUGGGGUGUGGAUCUGUUGAAAUUUGAUGGCUGUUUCAUGCCUGACUGGCAUCAGCUUGCGGAGGGCUAUAAAAACAUGUCAAGAGCUCUAAACCAGACAGGCAGAAAUAUUGUAUACUCAUGUGAAUGGCCAUUAUAUGAGUGGCAAUACCAACAGCCUGACUAUGAGGCUAUUCGUAAGACCUGCAACCACUGGCGAAACUAUGGAGAUGUCUAUGACAAGUGGACAAGUGUGACAAGCAUCCUAGACUGGACAGCUGAUCAUCAGAAGAUCCUGGUCCCAGUGGCUGGACCUGGUGGAUGGAAUGACCCUGACAUGUUGAUCAUUGGAAACUUUGGCUUGAGCCACGAUCAGCAGCAGACUCAAAUGGCCCUGUGGACUAUCAUGGCUGCCCCACUUCUGAUGUCCAACGACUUACGAAACAUCUGUCCGAAAGCCAAGGAACUUCUGCAAAACAAAGAGAUCAUCGCCAUUAACCAGGACCUUCUCGGCAAGCAGGGCUAUCGUUCAUUCAAGGCUGACAGUAUGGAGGUGUGGGAACGACCCUUGUCAGGCAACAGGCUGGCACUAGCAGUGAUGAAUAGACAGGAGAUUGGUGGCCCACGCAUAUUUAUCAUUUCUGUGGCGACGCUGCCUAGUUGGCAGCUCUGCAACCCUAAGUGCAAUGUGACACAGAUUCUACCUGUGUACAAGGAAAUGGGUGUCCAGGAUCUCUUUUCAAAGGUGAUGGUUAAAGUCAAUCCUACAGGCACUACACUUCUCACUGUCAGACCUAUAAAGAGCAACUCUGAUUACACCCUGUGAAAUUACUUUCAAAACUAAAACUUGAACAAAAAAGGGGAAACUUAUUAUUGGACACAUUUUAUUACUUUAACUGUGACUUUGAAACAUUUUAAUUGGUUCUUUCCACUUUUUCUUUUGAAUGUUACAGAAGAUUGUUGUAUUUGAAAUAUAUUGAAUCUGUUUGUAAAAAUGUUUAAAGUGAGCACUAAGGAAUUAAAUUUCAUAUGUAGUUAUGUAUCAUUUUUACUGUAUUCACAAAGCACUUUAACUCAAAUAACUGUCCCUCUGCCUUUUUAUAAAUCUAUGAACCUGCCUUUUAUAUUUACAACUGUUUGCUUACUGUGAGCGAUUUUAUCACUCUAAAAUCAUGUUUAUAUGCAUAUUGUUUAUGUCUUGUGGAUAUACUUUUGAAAUGGUGAGUAUUUUAAUGUUCACAGUGGCCCCAUUCACUUCCAUUGUAAGUGCCUCACUGUAACCCAGAUUUUUUAAAGAAAGUCCAAAUGUAUUUUUGUGGUAAUCAACAUUAUGCCACAGAUACUGUCGAUUGAUCUUAACUCGUAUUAAACCCGGAAUAUUCCUUUAAAUUAACAGACAUAAAAACAAACUCAGGUAUUUUACAAAGCAUUUGACAUCUGUGAUGAAGCUCAGGCCUUGUUGGUAAAUGGAUGUACUUGACAUUAAAUAAAGCAUUUGUGGAAAUGUCAGUGGUACUAUUGCAUUACCAUAAUCUGUUAUGCACAUAACACUCAAUAUAGCUAUAUGCUUCUGUUGCUUUACUUCAUUGUUUUCAUCUCUUCCAUUUCUUUGUCAUAUUCUUACAAACACUGUUGCCAAAUAUCACAAAGCCAUCAGUAACAAUAACCUCCUACAGAUUAAAUUUGUAAGUAUUGUUUCCUACUUUGAACCAUUAGCAUCUUUUGAGGAUCGCUGUCUUUUGCACAUGGGUGCUUGGAGAAUUUUUUUUAUAUAUUAAUCAUUCUAUGAAUUGAUGUUUUGAAACAACCUUAAAAUUAUC